GAUCGGUAUGGAGGUAAAACCUUAAUUGCGCACAGCGGUUUUUGAAUACAAUGAUUUUCUUUUGUAUUCGUCGACAGUUGGGCUACACUACAUGACUGCAGCAGGUUUUAGAGUUGAACGUGAUAGUGUUGUAAUCCCUGACUCGAACUUGUUACACCAGUAGUUUAUGUCCAUAUGGAUGACAGCGAGAAGGGGCCCAUCAAUUUGCUGCUUGUGAAGAAAUGCAAAGGUCGAUCACACCACGAAAGCCAACAUAAUUUGGGGCACUGCCAUGGAUGUCACAAGGCAAAUGCACUUCAGUACGUUUGACUUUAUCAUUUUUGGACUUUUGCUGGCAGCCUCCCUUUGUAUUGGGGUGUAUUACGCGCUUUCAGGCGGGCGUCAGAGAACCACACAAGAGUUCUUGUUGGCGGACAGGGAUAUGAGGUGUUUGCCUCUUUCCCUUUCUCUGAUGGCUACCUUCCAGUCAGCUGUUGCCAUUGUGGGCACACCCGCUGAGAUCUACAUCAACGGCACCCAGUACUGGUUCAUAGGCUGCUCCUAUAUUCUGGGUCUCCUUAUACCAGCUCACAUCUUUAUCCCAGUCUUCUACAGACUGCAUCUUAACAGUGCUUACCAGUACCUGGAGCUGCGUUUCUCCAAAGCAGUUCGCAUUUGUGGAACUGUCACUUUCAUUUUUCAGAUGGUUAUAUACAUGGGUGUUGGUAUUUAUACCCCAGCUCUUGCUCUUAAUGCAGUUACUGGUUUUCACUUAUGGGGAGCAGUACUGGCAACUGGUCUUGCUUGUACAGUGUAUACGGCACUAGGUGGACUGAAGGCAGUCAUCUGGACAGAUGUAUUUCAGACAGUAGUGAUGUUUGCAGGUCAGCUGGCAGUUAUAAUAGUGGGUGUGCAACAGGCUGGAGGCAUGUCUGAAGUCUGGCAGAAAGUAAGGGAUGGAAAUCGUAUCUCAGGCAUUGACUUGAACCCAGACCCAACUGUGAGACAUACGUUUUGGACGUUAGGGGUUGGUGGCGUGUUUCUGAUGCUUUCCCUGUAUGGAGUGAACCAGGCUCAGGUCCAGAGAUACCUCAGCUCUCGCUCAGAGAGAGAGGCUGUAAUGUCCUGCUACAUGGUAUUUCCCUGUCUUCAGUUAGCUCUGUGUUUAAGCUGUCUGACAGGGCUAGUCAUGUUUGCAUGCUAUGGUGAGGACAGUCCCUUAGACAAGCAGUACAUCUCAUCAAAAGACCAGAUGGUCGUGUAUUUUGUGAUGGACAUGCUGCAAGGCAUUCCUGGGCUGCCAGGACUAUUCGUUGCAUGUUUGUUUAGUGCGUCACUGAGCACAAUAUCUUCAGCCUUGAACUCACUGGCUACGGUGACCAUGGAGGACCUGAUCAAGCCCCAGUAUCCUUCCAUGAACGAGGCCAGGGCUACACGGCUCUCCAAGUUACUUGCAUUUUCAUAUGGACUGGUGUGUUUAGCAAUGGCGUAUGUUGUCCAUUUGCUCCGCAGUUCAGUUCUUCAGGCGGCACUUAGUAUUUUUGGGAUGGUAGGCGGACCUCUGUUGGGACUUUUCUGUUUAGGAAUGUUUUUCCCUUGGGCCAACAGCACAGGUGCUGUGACUGGGCUGCUGGCAGGCCUUGUCGUGGCUUUCUGGGUCGGGAUUGGGAGCUUUGUGGCCCGAAGCUCCAGUUCUUUAGCAGUGCUCAAAGAGAACUGCACAGACACAACAAUGCCAGAGAAUGUGACUAUGGCUGCAGUGACUGCUGUUAUGAAUGCACUUACUGAUAAACCCAGCAGACCAGCAGGGCUGCAGGCUAUGUAUUCCCUCUCGUACAUGUGGUACAGUGCACUCAACUCCUCCACUGUAGUUAUAACUGGACUGGUGAUCAGUCUCAUCACAGGUCCAACGAAGGCAUGUGACGUGGCAGCAGGCACAGUGUACCCUCUUGUGGAGAACAUUCUAUCUCUCCUGCCUGUGAGGUGGAGGGAGAAGCUCUGCUGUCGCACCUGCCUGAAGCAGAAGGAAACAGCUAUGCACCAAAAGGAAAUGAAUGGUUAUGCCAACACCAAAAAGGAGACAGAGGGUGAGGAAGAGAGAGAGGCCUUUCUUUCCUCAUGUCAGUCUUACAUAGAGCAUGAGUCAUCUGUGUGAGACUAUGAAUAAAGCUACUGAGGUUUACUGUACUCUACGACCUUACACAUAGUGACCUGGUAAAUCUUAUGCUGUAGAGUUGUGCUGCAGAAUGGCUCAUACUGAUCAAGCCUUUGAGCAUUCUGACAGGGUCACUUUUCUGAUGUUUAAGUUUGAAAGUGAAAUUGCUGAGUGAUAUCGUUGCAGACAAUCCAAUUUGUGCCUCAUUUUCAUGCACUGUUUUACGGCAUGUUGUGUAAGUUGGAUUCUUUUGUGUCUUUAGAUGCUAUGUGUCUUACUAUGGUAUAAAUAAACAUUCAUGGCCAAGA